AUGUUGGAUGAACCUUUCCUCGGGCAUUGCGCGGUCAGGGAUGGGGAGAAGCCCGAGUCGGUCGUGCUGCAGAGUCCUGGCGGGGCAUCUCUUAACCCGGGUUCGUCCUGCUGCAGAGCCGCGCUGGGCACCGCGGCGGGGAUAGGCCCAGCCUGGGCUGCGAGCCCAGGGACGCCCAGGACCCUCUCUUUCCUGAAGCAGCUCUCAUCAAGGCAGAGGGAGAGGACGGGGGUCCCUGGCCACCCCCCCGCAGAUUUGGCAACUGCACUUGGCAGAAGAGACUCCAUGUCGGAGCAGAGCACAUCUGACGCAGAGCCGCCCGGUGCCGUGAAGACAGGACGGCUGACGAGGGAGGACCCCUGGGCGUCUGUGGGUGGAGAGGCCCGGGAUGGCUCGGCCCCGCUGCAGGAGCGCCAGGAAAAGCAGGAGAGACUUUCGCGGGAAGUGGCGCUCACCCAGCGGAAAGCCGUCACCCACGCAGGAGGCUGCGAGCCUGCCAAAGUCGGCGAGCGCGGGCUGGAGUCCCGGCUGCUUCCGCUGCCAGGGCUGCCUGUAGGAAACCGUUUCCGUAAACACGUGUCGUGUGACACAGACGUGCAUCCUGGUUCUGUUGCAGACGGUUACCGGGAGAGUAAUGACAGCGAGACCCUGUGUGAGCAGAGUGAGUGGGGCAAACACGCCGAGGGCAUUCAUGUCAUCCAGUUUACAAGAACGCCAGCAAAAUGUGAAGCCCGUGGGUUUAGGGACAGCUUUCAGUGUCUUAGCCACGCUGUGCCCCUACACAGGCAGGAGAAAAUCCACGCGGGAGGGGAAACCUUGAGUUCCCAGGAAUGUGGGCAAGUUUUGAACCACAGCCCACCCCGCUGUGAACAACGGGGAGUUCCUGGGGAAGGGAGUCGGCGUGCGUGUGGUCAGGUCUCCCCGAGCUCACCUCCUGCUCAGCACGUGAGGAGUCAUUCGGACGAGAAGCCUUUUGAGUGUGGCCAGUGCGGCAAGAACUUCAGCUGGAGCUCGCACCUGGUGGCGCACCAGCGGACGCACACCGGGGAGAAGCCCUACGCGUGCGGCCAGUGCGGCAAGGCCUUCAGCCGCAGCUCGCACCUCGUGUCCCAUCAGAGGACUCACACGGGCGAGAAGCCUUACCGCUGUCCCCAGUGCGGCAAGGCGUUCAGCCAGAGCUACGUGCUCGUCGUGCAUCAGAGGACGCACAGCGGAGAGCGGCCGUACGAGUGCGGCCAGUGCGGCAAGUCCUUCCGGCAGAGCUACAAGCUCACCGCGCACCAGAGAACUCACACGGGCGAGAAGCCCUACGAGUGCGGCCAGUGCGGGAAGUCCUUCAUCCAGAGCUACAAGCUGAUCGCGCACCAGAGAGUGCACACCGGGGAGAAGCCCUACGCGUGCGGCCAGUGCGGCAAGGCCUUCAGCCAGAGCUACAAGCUCGUGGCGCACCAGAGGACACACACGGGGGAGAGGCCCUUUGAGUGCAACGAGUGCGGCAAGAACUUCAGCUGGAGCUCCCAGCUCGUGGCGCACCAGCGGACGCACACCGGCGAGAAGCCCUACGCGUGCGGCCAGUGCGGCAAGGCCUUCAACCGCAGCUCUCACCUCGUCAUGCACCAGCGGACGCACACCGGCGAGAAGCCCUACGCGUGCGGCCAGUGCGGCAAGGCCUUCAGCCAGAGCUACGUCCUCGUGGUCCAUCAGAGGACGCACACGGGGGAGAAGCCCUACGCGUGCGGCCAGUGCGGCAAAGCCUUCAGGCAGAGUUCCUGCCUCACCCAGCACCAGCGGACGCACACCGGCGAGAAGCCCUACGCGUGCGGCCAGUGCGGGAAGACGUUCAGCCUGAGCGCCCGCCUCAUCGUGCACCAGAGGACGCACACCGGCGAGAAGCCGUUCACCUGCGGUCGGUGCGGGAGGGCGUUCAUCAACAGCUCCAAGCUGCUGCGGCACCAGGCGACACACACGGAAGAGAAAGCCCCCGGCUGACUAGUUGGGGCGGUGUCAGCCCGAGUUCGUUCCUUCCUCAACACCUGUUCUAAGGGGGUGCACCUCGUGGAAGGAAGGGGAUAAAAGCAGCGUGUGGUAAACACGCAGUGUCCUCUGUGACUGGUGUCUGGGAGCUCACAUGAAGAAGGGCAAAGCCUACCAAGUGCGGAUUUUAAUGCAGCAAUUCCACGUAGAAAAUCACACGUGGCCCGUGACACAUCCCUACAAGAGCGAUACAUAGCGGCGCUCCUCCUUGCCGAGAGCCCUCUGCCUGACCCGAGAGAGAACCGGCUGGCGUGCGGUGGUGGCCAGCGGGGCAGGAGUGAGAUGCUCGCCCUGCCGGGCUGGCUGGGAACCACGGGAGAGUGCUGCGGUCCGUAGCACUUAGGCUGGGAAACCGCAUCUCAGUGCGGCGUUCCCAUGGCUUCCUGUCCUAGGUGAAGAUGUUGUAAAAUGCAAGACAGGGAUCUAGAAAUAGUAGUCAUCCCGGGAACCAUUAUGUGAAAAUGGUUGUGGACCACAAUUGAAAGCGGUUAUAGGUGUACGUUUUUGUUUGUUUUAUGUCGGGUCUGUCGUUUGGGAAUGUAUGCUGUUUUUGCGAAAAUAACUGGUGUGGUUAGUAAAAAAAAUUAGUUUAAAACAAAAAGGAAAUACAGAGAUUUCUGUCUUGCUUGAGCACUUAGUAACGAGAUCGCAGAGGUCUGAGACUUCUGUUGGGGUCGGUGCGAGCAGCUCAUCUUGUUUUGAUUUGAUUUAACUUAAGCGAGAGGCAGAGGUACAGGGAGGGACGCUCUGGGACUGCUCCCUGAUGAAGGGGCGGUCUGGGAGACAGUGGGAGGCGAGGCCCCGCCGUAGUCUCCUCACCUACGUUUAGCUGGCGAGAAGACUGAGUGCGGCCAGCUGUGUCCCUGUUCUGUGACUACGACCCGGCUCACUGGCCCGCCGGAUCUUUUUCUCUAUGUUAUGAAUUCUGGUUGUGGAUGACCGUGUGCUCGAAGCUGCAGUCCCAGACAGCUGAUCGCUGAGAGCGGAGCAGAGGAACCAGAGAACAGAGGUACAUUCCCUAGAGGAAAGGACCGCCCCAGAUGACAUCUGAUCGGGGUUACCCCAGGGAAUUCUGUGCCGGGGAAUGAUCCUAGUGCAGCUGUCUCUUUGAAGCUGAAGCCAGAAGCUGUGUUACUCCUGGCCGUGACGAAAGUCUGGGGAACGGUUGCUGACGGCUGGAAAUUGGCUCCUCCAUCCUAGGAGUUUCCACUCGGCUCAAGAAUGAGCAGGGGAUCUGCAUGUGCUGGCUUUUAGAGAGGGCAUAAAAUUGUGAAAAACGCUAAUUUCACAAUGAGACCAAAACAGCCUUUGCCUAAGAUACCACGAGCGCCAGUGCUAGGUACACUAGCUGGUUUGCACCGAAUGCGGUACAUUUCACUGAGACCACGAGGAACCAUGGUUGUACGCAUGGGCAUAAAAGCAACUGGGCUAAAAAUGACGGCUCGAGGUUUCAGGUUUCGGAGGUGGCUUGUCACCAAGGAUUUCUUCAGUAAGUGUUGAGAACGAGUCACUGACAGCAUGAGGCUGGUAAAACUGAAAAUGUGUGUGUGUGUGUGUGUGUUUCUGGCUAGGCUGUGUGAGGUGUCUGUAGUGAGUCCUGACUACGUAUGUGAAUACCUGGGUGAUUAUUUAGGAUUUAAGUGUGUUGAAGUACAAUCGAUUCAGUACCUAAACAAAAAUGUUGAUUUCUCUUGGCAGGAAAGGUGUUUUAAUUAAAAAAAAAAGUUCUACCAAAUAUAAAAAGUUAAACAGAAGCAACAUGCCAAGAGUAUGUAAAUUAAGUGGCUGAGACUGAGUUUUAGGAUUCAAAAAGAAACCACUAGAACAAUACUUCAUCGCUGGUAGCCGCAUGUAGUCCGCGGUUGGGAUCUAAUUCGUUGCAGGCCCUCCUGGAGACCUAAAAUCUGGGUGCCGGAGUCCCUUUAUAAACCAGCGUCAUGGCGUAGUGGGUUAAUUCACUGCCUGCAAUGCUGGCUUCCCAUAUGGGCAUGGGUUCAAGUCUUGGCUGUUCUUCUCCUUUUCCUUCUUAUUUAUUUAUUUAUUUAUUUACUUUGAAAGAGUUACACAGAAAAGGAGAGGCAGAAAGAGAGAGAGAGAGAGAGAAACAGAGAGAGAGAGAGAGAGAGCUCCUCCAUCCGCUGGUUCACUCCCCAACUGGCCACAUGGUUGAAGCUGAGCCGAUCUGAAGCCAGGAGCCAGGAGCUUCUUCCAGGUCUCCAUGCAGGUGCAGGGGCCCAAGAACCUGGGCCAUCUUCUACUGCUUUCCCAGGUCAUAACAGAGAACCGGAUUGGAAAUGGAGCAGCCAGGACUUGAAUUGGUGCCCAUAUAGGACAAUGGCCCUGCAGGCGGUAGCUUGAGCCACUAUGCCACGGCGCCGGCCCUGGCUGCUCCACUUCCAAUCCUGGAGGAUGCAGAAGCUCCUAGCUUAGACCUGGCUCAGCCUUGGCUGUAGCUGCCAUCCAGGAAGUGAACCAGCAGAUGGAAGAUCUGUCUCCCUCUCUGUCUCUCCCUCUCUCUCUGUGUAACUCUGACUUUGACAUAAAUAACUAAAGCUUUUUUACAAAGUGGUAUAGCAUGAAGGUACUUUCGAAAGUUCAUGAAAACACGAAUAAGCUUAAACAUUUUCUGCACCAAAAUAAAUUUAUCUGAAUUGUUUUCCUGUACUCUCGUAUUUCAUGUGGGCUCUACACGUUCUCCUGUCUUCUUGGAAUCCUGUCUAAAUUACCUA